AUGCUCCGAAGCGUUACUCUUAUUCUCAGUCUAGCUCUUCUCGGCUUUGCUUUGGAACUCACUGAGAAGAAGAUUAACGAUGCCAUCACCCUGACUCUCGUACAUGGUGGCGAAGACGCCAUGAUGUCUCACAAGGAUGCUCUAGCUUUCUGUCGCGCACUGGAAGAGCAGAAGGCAAAGUACGCGACCGCCUCGCCGGCCUCGACCACACCCAUCAUCAAAUCUGUUGCCGCCACCUCUGCCCCCCUCUCAACCGAGGCCACGACACUGGCGCCGGCAGUUUCGGGAGCACCAGGCCAGACCGUCUUUAACGAUCUCCUCUCGCUGCACGAUCCGGGAAUGGUUGCCGAACUAAUGCAGUGGGUUCUCAACGUGGAACGCCGACAAUUCUGGAUUGGUGGCAUGGUGAAGAAGGUGGUGCGUCCGUUCGAACAUCACACAGAGCACAUCAUCCACCUCUGGACUGACCGCACGCCGACCAAUUUCCGUUUCCUGCACUUCCCGAAUGAAGAGCUGCGUGACCUGGAGGAGGGCGAAGUCAAGUGUCUGUCAGUGGACUAUGCCAGUGGAAAGUGGGGUGUUCACGACUGUGAUGAUAAGAUGUACUUUGUGUGCGAGACCAUUAUGCUGAACCAUCAGUCAACGACGCCCACUGGCACUUCGACCACAACCCCGGCGACUGGAAGCACUACGCCAACCGCUGGCACGGGAGCCUCGACCACGCAUGGCAGCAGCACUAGUGGCCCAAAUACCACACCAACUCCAAUGUCCACCUCGGCGUAA